AGUCUCGUUGUCAAUGUCAAUGCCAACCUUCAGUUGUCACUUGUCACAACAUAACCUCUAAAAAAUACAUUUUCAUCCAGUUUUUUAAACUUAAACAAUCAAUGCAAGAAAAUCCUCGACCAAUUUCGAAUGUUAUUAUUGUAGUCGAAAUAUCCCAUACUCGAUUUUCUUCAGAAGCAUAUCCCAAAUAAAAUGGCAAAGCAUCAUCCGGAUCUGAUCUUCUGCCGAAAACAGCCAGGCGUUGCCAUUGGACGUCUUUGCGAGAAAUGUGACGGAAAAUGUGUGAUCUGUGACUCCUAUGUGCGACCCUGCACCCUAGUCCGGAUAUGUGAUGAAUGCAACUAUGGGUCGUACCAAGGUAGGUGCGUUAUUUGCGGCGGACCCGGCGUAUCCGAUGCUUACUACUGUAAAGAAUGUACGAUACAGGAGAAAGACAGGGAUGGAUGUCCCAAGAUCGUAAACCUGGGAAGCUCCAAGACUGACCUGUUUUAUGAACGGAAAAAAUAUGGUUUCAAGAAGAGAUAGCUGCUUAUUUUGGUAUUCAAUUUUCUUGUGUGGAUGUACGUCUGUUAAUAAUAAGCUUUAAAGACAUUUUUUUUGUUUUUGCAUCCAACCUAGAAGUGAGUAUUAUUGCUUGCUUAGCAGCAGCCGCUUUUGAUGAAAAAAUGAUUUCAGACCCCCCACUUUUUGGGUGUAGAUGAAAUGAGAUUGAAAAUGAGUGAAAAUAUGAAAGUUUUGAAAUAUGUUACUAAUUUAUUUGAUGGAUUGAAAUACAGGAUAUGAUUCUUUAGCUCACUUUAGGAAGAAAAGUUUGUAUGAACAUAUGUCCUGAACCUCUUAACUUUUGAGCUACAGGGUGUCACAAUUAAAAAGAAGAAAAAAUUUGUUUUAUUGUAACUUUAAUCAAUACCAUUCUAGAUAUUUUCACGAAAUUUGCACCAAUAGGCAUUUUUUAAGUAGUAAAUAGUCCUUUAUUUAGAAAAAAAAAAUCCUAAUUUCAACAACAACAAGAACUGGUAGCAUUACAGCAUUUCACAAGUACAUACAUAUAUAUUCAGAUAUAAUAAAUUUAACAAAUUCUGUCAGCUCUUGUGUUUGAUAAGUGGGUUAAUAUCCCUAACAUGAGUCAUCGUAAGUUCCUUUUAAUAACUGAUUUUUUAUAAUUUUUUCAAUGUAAUUAUCUGAUACGAUGCGUUUGGCUACAUAUUUUUUACGGUUUGCACACUAUAUGAAAUAUUUAUCUUCCAUUUAGAACAAAAUAACUGGGAAAAUGCCACUGAAAUGUCAGUCCCGUGCCAUGUCCUAGCGGAUGUCUCUUGAUAAUACCUGCCAUUUUUUUCACCUGAAGUACUGUUUUGAAAACUUGAUAUACCUAUAUCGCAAGUAUGCACAUAGCUAACCACAAUAUAGAAAAUUGCUGAAACAAAAAGAAUAAUUAAUUUAGUAAUUUUUCGGAAAGCAUUUGUCUCCAGCUAUCUGGCCAGUCCCGUGCCGCGCCAUAUAUCACGCCAUAAAGUAGUGGAGGAAGGUAUGGUAAGUGACAUCCGUAUUAUCCCAACUGGAAAUUGUUAGUAUUGGCUCAAUCGUCGGAAGAUGUGCUUAGAUUACUGAUAGGUUAAGCAGGAACUGGGUCCGACAAGUAAAAAAGUGUCUUGGAAACCUGUCUCUUGUCAGUACCGUAGUAAGUGUUUUAAAGCUACUAUUUUUUCUUUUUGCUUCAAAUACCCGAUGAGUACUUCGGGUAUCAAAAACCAUAAUUGUCAUACUAAAAUUAAUUAGAAAUUUUGAACCGAUUACUUUUUUUGUUGCUGUAAGUGCAAUAAUGUCAGUCCCGUGGUUGUAAGUCCCGUGUCAUUGCGAAAACACGGAACUGACUUGAUUCCAUUUUUUCUCUAUAAAACUAUAGCAAACAUGCAUUGAUGCAAGUAUUUUUUACAGUUCACAGGUCUAUCUACUAGUCUAUAGCAGGGUGUAAGAUGUCUGGACAUAGGAAAAUAUCUGAUGAAGAAAGAACGCGUAUUAAACGUGACCGGGAACGAGAACGGAGGCGUAAAAUAAGAGAAGAUCCGGAAAAACGUGAGGAGCAGCGGGAAAAAGAGCAUCAGAAAUACUUGCGUCAACGAAAGAAUAAACAAAGGAAGCUUGUUUCGGAAAUGACAGAAAGAGAAAUUAGAUCGCAACGCAAGAAAUGGAGACAAUAUACAAAGUCUCACCGAGAUCGAUUAAGACUAAGAUCAUCCGAAAACGCACAUGUGCCAGAUCAUUUAACGAAACAGUUAGAUGGAGGAAAGGAACAUGCAAUAAAGAAAAGUAAUAGAAUGAAACUUUAGCGACAUCGAGAAAAAAGAAAAAAUGAAGCUAAAAUAGCAGACCUUAAAAAAAAGUUGGAAAGUGGAAGAAAAAGUAUUCUCGCCUAAAGAAGUCAAUGCAUCAAAAUAAAAAUGUUGCUCAACAAACUAGUUCCCCAUCAGUUUCACCUGGAACUAGAGUACAACAGAUCAUAGAAAGGUCUUCAAUACAGUAAAAAAGAGUAGAUGAAAUUAAAAAACAACUUAUUUUUGGGGAGACCAUAUAAAUCGUUAAGCCCAAAAGAAAAGAAGGUAUUUAGGAAAAUAAUGGAUGGAAAAAUUAUUAAGAAGUACAAGCUUCAGCGAACGUGUUCCAAAGUUUUUCGAUAUACAAAAACAAGAGUAGUGGAAUACAGCCAUAGGAAUGUAGAUGUUAAGUAUCAGAAAAACCGAAGAGCAUCUGAAAAUAGGAAUAAAAUUGUGGCGUUCUUACAGGAAGAUGUUAAUAGCCGGAUUUGCCCCGGUAAGAAAGACUAUGUUACAAAGAAUAAAUUCACCUAUCAAAAAAGAUAUUUAACAAACACUUUGAAGAAUUUGUUCAAAGAGUUUUGUAAAAAAUACGCCGAUGUCAAGGUGAGUUAUACAUUUUUCUGUAAAUGUAAACCUUUCUGGAUAAAGUUCAUGAAGGUAGCAAAUCGAGACACAUGUAAAUGUAUGACACAUAGUAACAUGGAGUUGAUAUUAUCUCUUUGGCAAAGUAAAGUGUUGCAUUGCAAAACUACAGAAGCAAUAAUUGAGUCAAUGACAUGUGAGACCCGCAAUGACCUAUGUCUACUAAGGAAAUGUUCAGUGUGUGCAUUAUAUAAACCUAAAUAUAUUGAGCAGUACGAUCCUGGUAACGUUGUAUCAUAUAGUCAGUGGAAAAACAUAAAACAAACUUAUUUCAGCAAACGAUCACAAAACAACGUUACCAGUUUGAAAAUUGCUAAAAUUAGUAAAGAGAUAGAAAUAUCGGAUCUUUUGACCAAAUUUGAAGAUAGGUUGCCUCUUUUUUUGGCACACGAGGGACGCAUUUUUCACCAAUACAAAGCAAUCAAGACACUGAAACAGAACAUGACAAAUGAGGAAAUACUCAUUCACUGUGACUUUUCUGAGAAUUAUAAUCUAAAGUACGCAGAAGAAGUCCAGUCUUAUCAUUUUGGAGGAUCAAGGCAACAGAUUACGUUGCAUACUGUGGUAAUUUAUAGCCGAGCACACGAAAACGACUUGAAGGUUGACAGUUUUUGUACAUUAUCAGAGUCGUUGGAGCAUGGUCCCGGUGCCAUAUGGGCUCAUCUGUUUCCACUGAUCAAACUCUAUAUUGAUAAUGGGGUAAAAUUGUUGCAUUUUCUUAGCGACAGCCCCAGUACACAAUACCGCAACAAGAAAAUGUUUGCAUUCAUUACAAAUGGCAUCUAUAGCUACUUUCCGGAACUACAAUCAGUUACCUGGAACUACCAUGAGGCCGGACAUGGUAAAGGUGCCCCGGACGGCAAUGGUGGAGUUUGUAAAAGGACUGCAGACCGUAUUGUUGCUCAGGGAUCUGAUGUGAGUUCUUUCAGCCAAUUGGUUGAAAUCCUGAAAGCCAACUGCUCAGGCAUAUCCUUUUUGGAGAUUCAUGCUUGUGAAACUGAAAAAUUUUCAGAUGCUAUAAAUAAAGCUGAGGUUCUGCCAUUUAAAGGAACUUUGAAGGUUCGUCAAGUAAGAUCUCUAAGAGACCACAACACACUAUCUCUAAGAGAGCUCUCCUGUUUCGACUGCGGCGAAAGAUGUCUACAUUACACUAUUGGAACUUUAUCUUAUAAUUCGGUAACGAAAAGUUCUGCGUCUGAUGAAGAAUUAUACAUUUUUUACAAAGGGAAUAAAGCGAAGCUACAUUACUACAAUGUUUACAGUAAAAGUUCUUCAGAUGAUGAUAUUCCUUUGUCCGAGAGGAAAAAAAAUGGUCAAUUAGCAGCAGAGUUUCCAAGUAGCCGCUCAAUAUAACGUUAUGUUUUUGUUUCAGAAUACAUUGUUUGAGUUUAUUUUGUACCUGACUAUUUUUUAAUAAAAAAUGC